AGGCAGGUCCAAAGGAUUGAAGACAUUCCUUACACUUGUAAACGGAUUCGUUCUCUGCUUCUGGAAUCACGCGAAGGGCGAACUCGUUCAAUAUACCUGCUCGAGAUCCCAAGGAAUCACAUGUCGGUCCUGAACAUUAACCAUCCUAAUUCAGAUGGAUAUACGGUCUCUACAAGCUCGAAAUCACAGAGAACUACCGUUCUGCUACAGGAGACAAAGACAUUGAUCUCAAUGGGUUCGAAUGGCGACGUGCUCCCAAAGUCACGUCUACGUUUCUGGAUGGUCAACAACCGUCCAGCCGUUGACGAAGCAGGAAACUUCUUGCAUACCUCGAAAGUAGGAGCAAACGCAACCAUCGAAGUGUCCGAACAUAAGCUAAGCUCCGGGAAAUUGGAAUUCAUCAAGACGAUAUGGAGUGAGGCAGUGCAACUGUUUGUGAACCGAAGCCGGAGUGAGAGAUAGAUGCUUCAGGUUCGUAUGGGUUUUGACCCUGGUUGAGCUUGCUUGGGUAAAGUCUAUCAUCCUGGAGGUUCUGAUUUUUUUUACACCUUU